AUGAUGGAUAAGAAUAGUAUUGAUGCUACAUUGAGUAGUAAUCAACAAACAACAUCGCCUAUAUUGCAACAACAACUCUAUCAGCAGCAAUUGCAACAACAACAACAACAGUUACACGAAUUCAGUCCAGAGAAUAGCAAUGAUUUCAAAUCUGAAAAAUUAUUCUACAAGCAAUGGCAAUUCCCACAACAACAACAGCAACAGCAACAACAGCAACAACAGUUACCUCCGCAUCUACAACAGCAGUUACAACAACAACAGCUAUUACAACAACAACAACAACAGCAAUCAAAUCAAUAUUCAAUUGAUGACGUUAAUAUACUAUCAAAUUUCAGUUUUAUAAUCUCUCAGCAAAUUAAUAAUCUUCUAUCGUUGCUCUCAAAGAAAUCAUAUAAACAAAUCUAUACCGAUCUAUCACAGAUUAUUAAUCAAUAUGGAGCACAAGCAGAAGUAUACUUGUUUAGAAUACUUGUAGAUACCAUUGAUUUUAGAGAUCAGAAGAAUCAACAAAAGGAUGUCUUUAAGAUUCACUUGUUCAGAGAUGAGUUCUCGCGAUUAAUGAAACAACCAAACUUUACCAGUAUACUGUGCAAGGCGCUUGAGGGCGUCGACAACCUCAACAUGGAUUUCCUCACUCUAUUUUCUCAGAAACUAAAUUUAACACCACCACAAGAGAUUCUCUUGGGUCUAGCCGUUUCUCAAUCUUUAAAUAUUCAAUCAAGAGAACAAGGUGAAAAGUACUUGAAUCAUGUAUUGUCACAAACAAAUAUAAAAUCACUACCAGAGAAUGUCUUACAUCAAUUAUUAUAUAAAGUUAAUAUGCAAGAGUUGAACAGCCACAGCAAUAACAACAAUAGCGGUCAACAACAACAAUCUGAAAUACUAAAGUAUAUCCAACCACUCUAUCCACCCAAUCCAUCGCGUGUCUUGGCACCCUAUCUUCCCAAUGAUGUCGCCUCCUCACCGAAUUCCAAGAGAUCACAAGAUGCCUUGAUUGCCAGGCUAUUCACAACAACAACAACAUCAUCCACAUCAUCAAACAACAAUAACAACAACAAUAGCGCAACAAAUAAUUAUAAUUAUGGAUCAUUCCCACUUCCAUAUCAAUUACUUCAAAGUUUUAAGGGAACAUCAUCUUCUUCACCCUCGAUAUUGAAGGAGUUGCUCCAACCCUAUCCAAAGUUGGUGGAGUCUGACCUUGCCCAGUGUAUCGGUAUGAUGGCCGAGAAUAUUUCGCAUCCACUGACAUCGACAACCGGUGGUGCUGACAGCUCGACUCCACUCGUGCCAUUCCUAUCGUUUGCCACCUCUUCCAAUGGCGGCACCAGCUCGACUCCGUCGGCAACUACCACAGCCACCACCCCGACUGCAUCAGGAGCAGCAGCGGCAACUACCACAGCCACUCCCUCUCCUUCGCCAGCUGCAACAUCAUCAUCAGCGACAGCAACAACUACAAGUGCGACAACUUCAAACCCAUCGCCUUCGCUAGCCAACAACAAUGACAGUGACCCAUCGGACGCGUCACCUCUCAAGUCCGCAUGGAACUACGCGGUGUUUGUCGACGUUGUCAAAGAGUUGUAUCCAUCGAUCGACUGGUCCCUGGUGAUAAAGGAACUCGACUAUCCAGAGUUUGUGUUGCACGACCAGCGUGGUCUCACUCUGAUCCUAGCUAUCUUUAAGCGCGCCACCAACGACAAGUUCCCUGUGCACUAUAUCCUCGAUAACAUCUGGAAAAAUUCACACGGACAGAUCUCUUUCCUCAAGGUUGCACUCCAGUCGGACUUCCCAUUCCACUUUUCACAAAAGAAGCGCAUCGAAUACAGCGCUCUUGGCAAGGUGUCGCAGACCGUUGCACACUGGAACUCAUUGUCGCUCAUCGAGAUCCUCUUGAACCUCUCGGAGCUCGAUCAGGAUCACUACUCCAAAACCAGAUCACUCUUUGAUUAUCCAUUGAAACAUUGUCCAGAGUUAUUGCUAAUGGGAUUAUCAAGUUUAUCUGACAAGAUGAAUAAUCUAUUAUUUAGAGAGUUAAUUCUAUUGUUAUUCCAUACUUUGUUAUUCAAUCAUAACUACCAAGUACAUAUUUCACAGCUUUGGAAAGAAUGUCCAAAUAUUGUUGUAUGUGGUAUGUCCGAUAUCUAUCAAAAAGAUCCAUCUUAUUUAUCAAGACUAUUGGAUGUUGCACAAGAAUUAAAAAUUCUUACACAAAUGUUGACAUACAAGACAUAUCCUUUCAUUAUUGAAUUGGCAGUGUUGGCUAGUCAAAGAGAGUUCUUGUUCUUGGAGCGAUGGCUCGAGGAAAGAAUGAAGGAAGACGUCGAGUUUGUCAGGGAAUGUACCAACUUUUUGUCGGACAGAAUCGACAAUCAGUCCGAACCGAAUCAUAUCUCAAUAUCAUCGUCGAUAUUGAUGUCUUUCUACAACACGUUGAUUGACAAUGUCGAGUCGUUCCCACCCGAUAUCUCGAAUGCCAUCAAGAGCAUCAAUCCCAACUUUGGUGACAUGCUCGCAAUGUCCGGUCCAAACUCCACCACCGGCAGUGGAUCAUCCGCAACAUCCGACAAUAUCACAUCGUCCGAACGUCGUUUCCCAGAGGACGUCGAAGAGGAAACCAACCUCUACUUUAUUAAACUCUAUGGAGAAUCGAUCUCUGUCGACCAAAUCAUUACUACCCUUAAAGAAUAUAAGAAUUCUCAAAACACAAGCUUUGGUAUUACCGCACUGAUUUCGUUUGCCACUAGACUUGUGGAGUGGCCACAAUACUGGGCUCAGCUAUGCUCUAUCGAUCACUUUAAGAACUACUCGAAUGGUGACCUCGUCAAGCAGAUCAAUGCUAUCAUCGAAUCGAGCGAUCUUCCCAAGAGCUCUGAGUUCCAACGCACUAUGUCUGGCAGUAACUUGCCAUCCACCAACAUUCCACUCCAGCAGAUUCAAGAUGCCGAUAGCUACAACUUUGAGUCGCCAGAUGACAAGUCAAUGUACGUUCAAGUAUCGUCGGACACUCAACAAUCCAGUCAGCAACAACACCAACAUUCAUCUAGCAGCAAUUCCACAGGAAGUAAUUCCACUGUUUCUAGACAACACUUUGCCUCGCAACAACAGCACCAGCAACAGCAACAACAACACCAACAAAAAGGUGGAAGUGGUGGUGGUGGUGGUGGCGGCGGAGAUGACGACGAUGAUAAUAACAACAACAAUCCAAACUAUCCAGGUGGUCACAAGAACGCAUCUAACGAUCACAAGAAGAAUGCCAAACCAGAGAAGAAAUCAAGUGAAGCCGAAGAGUAUUCCAGUCUCCCAAUUGGUACUCUCGUUAGUGCAUCCAAGGAGAUUGUCCAACCUGAAGAAGCCAUCAAGGAUAAGAUGUUCUUUAUUAUCAACAAUGUUUCCAUGUUCAAUCUCGAUGCCAAAGUCAAGGAGAUGAAAGAUAUUCUCAAGUCCGAGUUUUAUGACUUUUUGGCACAAUAUCUCGUGGUGAAGCGUGUCAGUAUUGAACCAAACUUCCACAAUGUAUAUCUUCACUUCUUGGAUCGUAUGAAUAUUCCAGAUCUCUACCAACAGAUCUUAUAUUUCACUCAUCAGAAUAUCCAUACUUUGUUAAAGUCUGAGAAGAUCAAAGCAGACUUGACAGAGCGUACGUUGUUGAAGAACUUGGGUGGUUGGCUUGGUCUUUUGACACUUGCCAAGAACAAACCACUGCUCCAAAAGUUCUUCUCACCCAAGGAUCUACUGGUGUAUUCCGUUGAUAAUGGAAUAUUGAAUGCGGUGGUUCCAUUCGUUGCGAAGCUACUCGAGAGUUGCAUGCAAUCACGUGUUUUCAAACCACCUAAUCCAUGGGUAAUGGCUAUUGUCCGUCUGAUGGUGGAAAUCUACAAUCUCAAGGAAUCGAAAAACAAUAUCAAGUUUGAGAUUGAGCUGUUGUUUAACAAUCUAAAGUUGGAGAUGAGCGAGGUCAAACCAUCGACACUCAUCAAAGAUAAGCGUGAGGAAGCACUGCGUCUCGAAGAGCAGGAGAAUAACGAUCGUAUGCGCCACAAACAACAUCAACAGCCUUCCGCACCAGAGUUGCUCCAGAAUAUCGCGCAGUACAUCCAGUACAAUCCAUCGAUCAUCACUAUCGCCCAGAUGCCACUCUUUAAAAAGGUGGUACCCAUGGCUUUUGAGCGAGCGAUCAAGGAAAUCAUUCAACCGGUUGUAGAGCGUUCCGUUGCCAUCGCCGUCAUCACAUCGAAAGAGUUGGUCAGCAAAGACUUUGCCACUGAAGCCGACGAGAAGAAGAUGAAGAAGGCAUCACAUCUUAUGGUUCAAAAUUUGGCUGGCAGUCUUGCACUUGUCACCUGUAAGGAUCCAUUGCGUGUCGGUAUGUUGACUCACUUGCGUUCCUUCCUUCAAUCGACAAGCGAUCCACUUCCACCACAACUGGAACACGCCAUCACCACUGUUUGUGCUGACAAUCUUGACUUUGCUUGUUCCAUUGUCGAGCGUGCUGCCACCGACAAGGCAGUGGUCGACAUCGAUGGUGUUCUUUCUUCCAGUUACAAGGAUCGUCAGAAACACAAGGAGAGUGCAGGUCAACAACCAUUCUUUGAUAUGGGAUAUCUCACUACCACCAUAUACAACAACUUGCCAGAGCCACUCCGUCCAAAACCAGGAGGAAUCCAACCAGAUCAAUUCCGUGUCUAUGAAGACUUCCUCAAUCUCUCGCAUCACACCAAUAUCGCCAUGGCACAGUCUACCGACAAUGAGACCGCACCUGGCAUCGUUGGAAGUAUUCAACAAUCGUUGUCUGCAUCACCACCUCCAAACAUGAUGAAUAUGCCACAACACAUGUUGCCACCACAACAGCAACAACAACAAGGAGGUCCAACUCUCUCGAAUGCCGACCUUCUCGAGAAGUUUGGUUAUCUCUUGAAUGAUGUCGAUAAGGUCAUCAUGAGAGUACUCGCCACCAACGCCAAGAUCGAAUUUGAGUUACUCUACACCGUUGUCCAACAGAUGUAUUCAUUGUUGAUUCCAUCACAAGCACAAAUCGAAUUGGUACAAGCAUUUGCUCAAAAGUUGUUCACCCGUUUGUGUGACCCCGACAAGGCUCACAUCUAUGAGUUCUACUUUGAACUUCUCGAAGUUCUCCGUGAUUGGGAGGGACCAAAGGUUGUCAACACUCUCACCUCAAUGCUGCUCUACUCACAGCCCGACAAGAAGUUGAAUCGUAUCUUGGUGGCAGGAUUGAUUAUCCAUCAGUUGAUCAAUGUCAACGAAUACGACCAGCAGUUGGCCAUUAUCAUGAUGGAUCCACAGAGAGCUGCACAAGUCAUUGAGUUUGCUGUAAACUUGUUGCGUUUCACCGUGCUCGAGAAUCCAUAUGCCGUCUCAUCGGAGUUUGUAUGCAUCACUGAGAUUCUCUCCAAGAUUGCUCAACGUUCGCCAUCAGAGAUCCUUAUCAAGACCAUCGAGGAUGUCAAGAGCAUGCCAAAGGAAGAGAAGAAACGUAGAAUCUCUCGUAUCAAACAAGAGGAGCUCAAUAGAGAUCCACCAGGUUUGAAGGAUGCUACCAUCUCUUUGUUCCAAGACUGGAUUAUCUUCUCGUCGACCAACAGCGAACACAAGAUGCACAUUCAAUAUUUGGCACAGGUUCUCAAUCUCAACAUGAUGAAGAACGAACUCUACUUCCAGAAAUUCUUUAGACUUGCCCUCGAGUGGUCUAUCGAAAAGUAUCAAGCCAGUGUCAGUGAACAAUUGGCAUCGCCAUACAUUGAGAUCGAUGCACUCUGCAAAUUCGUUGUGCUCAUGGUUAAGCAUGGUGAUCCAACUCACUUGAGUACACUCACCAAGGUUCUUGCUCUCUUGAUCAAGGUAUUGACCAAAGACUAUGAGACCAAUGUCCAACGUUUCAACCAACGUCCAUACCUCCGUAUCUUUGAGAACCUCAUUACCGAUCUUACAGCCCCAGAUCCCGUCUUGGAGCAAGUUUCCACACCAAUCCUCUAUUGCUUUGUUAAUGCACUCGCCACAUUGCAACCACUCAAGUAUCCAGGAUUCUGCUUUGCUUGGUUGGAUCUCAUUUCUCACCGUUCAUUCCUACCAAAGUUGCUUUCAAAGCCACAACAAAAGUCAUGGUUCCACACAUUGUUGAUCCAACACUUUAAGUUUAUGGACCCAUUCCUCAGAGGUGUAGAUGUCAGUGAACCAACAAGAUUCCUCUACAAGGGAACUUUGAAGAUUCUUUUGAUUCUUCUCCAUGACUUCCCAGAGUUUUUGUGCGAGUUCCACUUUAGCUUCUGUGAUGUCAUUCCAACCACUUGCAUCCAGUUGCGUAAUCUAGUACUUUCUGCAUUCCCAAGAAAUAUGCGUCUGCCAGAUCCAUUCACUCCAAAUCUCAAGGUUGAUUUGCUCCCGGAUAUCAAUCAACCACCAAAGAUCUCUUCCAACUUUACCCACAGUCUAAAGAACCUUAAGAAUGAAGUUGACAACUAUCUUAAGCUCAGAGCUCCAUUCUCAUUCCUCACUGAACUCAAGAACAAGUACUUGUUGCUUCCAGAGAAUGAAGAUGUAAUUGCAGGUACCAAAUACAAUGCUCCAUUGAUCAACUCGCUCGUUCUCUACAUUGGAACUCAGGCCAUCCCACAAAUCCAAAGAAAAUCAAACAACACCACUCCAACACCAUCACAGAGUGCACCAAUGGAUAUCUUCCAUCGUUUGGCAAUGGAUCUUGAUGCCGAAGGUCGUUAUCUCUUCUUCAAUGCCAUCACCAACCAGUUGAGAUACCCAAACAAUCAUACUCAUUACUUCAGUUGUGUACUUCUCUAUUUGUUUGCCGAGGCCACACAAGAGAUCAUCAAGGAACAAAUCACCAGAGUUCUCUUGGAGAGAUUGAUUUCAAACAAACCACAUCCAUGGGGUCUAUUAAUUACAUUCAUUGAGCUCAUCAAGAAUCCAAGAUACAACUUCUGGAGUCACUCAUUCACCAGAUUGGCACCAGAAAUCGAACAACUAUUUGACUCUGUUGCUAAAAGUUGUAUGAGCAGAGAAUCAUCUCAACCACAACAAACUUCACAACCCCAAAAAUAA